GCAUUUGCUGGUUGUCACCUACAUGCGACAAGAAGACAUAUGCCAAGAGCAAGUUCUGCAGUGCCCACAAGAAGGAGGCAGAGGCGUUGAAGCGCGACGCAGAGAAGAGCGGCAAAAACGCCCUGCAGUUCUACUUGUCCCAAUGCUCGUCCCAGACGCUGUACUCCAAGAUGCUGAUUGAGUUCAUGGGUAGGUGCCAGAGCAGGGGGAAGGGCGCAGGUCGGGAGCGCUUCAACUGGGUUCAGUACCAGGAGACAUGCUACAGAUCCAGGGAGGUCAGGCGCGGCUCCAAGGACCAGAUGAGACUUGGCCACAUGUCACAGGUUUUCGCUCUCACCGUCACCAGGGUCACGGGUCACCGGGAUGCUCUCAUGCUGAAUGAUGCUGCCUCAUGCUGCGGCUGCAUCAUGUUACCCCAUGUUGCCAGUUGA